AAAAAUGGAAGAAGCUCGCCGGAAAAACAGCGAGGAGGUGAAAUACCGCGGCGUAAGGAAGCGGCCGUGGGGGAAGUACGGGGUGGAGAUACGGGACUCUAACCGGAACGGCGUCCGCGUGUGGCUGGGAACGUAUGACACGGCGGAGGAGGCGGCGAGAGCUUAUGACAGAGCCGCCUACGAAAUGAGGGGAAAGUUCGCCGUUCUCAACUUCCCCGGAGAGUAUCCGUCGACGCUCAAUGGUUCGUGUUCGCCGGCGACGCCGCCGGUGGGUAAGGGCUUUGUUGAAAAAGGAACGGCGAAAGAAGUGAUCGAGUUUGAGUGCCUCGACGACAAGCUGUUAGAGGAGCUGCUCGCCGGCUAGUUGCCGGAACACAAGCAGUGGCGCCGUCUCCCGGAGAUAAUGGUGAUAGCUGUAAAUAUU